AAUACGAGAGGACAUAUUGUCAUCACUAUAAAAUCCAUCUUAAACUCGGUCCAUCUAUAUCCUCUCAUCCUUAUCCAAAUCCCUGGACUUUCAAGAUUAUUAUGGCGACCUCACGACUGGCGAGAUUUAUAACCGAGGUUGCGCCACCUCAAGUUGUCACGGUGAUGCGGCGAAGAACGGCGAAAGUGCUCGACACGAUCAAGGAGGAAGAAAGAGAGGUUGGGACUGAUCAUUCCAUGUUUUCAUCUUCUCUGACUUCCAAAGUCUCACCGUUUACUUCUCCUUGUUCUGCUUCUUCCUCCUCUGCUUCAUUCAGUUCUGGUCGGACAUAUUUCCCGGUUACAGAGAACCGGAGCUCUUUUCCGGUUUUCAAAAACUGAAACCAACUUCACCGUCUCCUGCCGAAAAUAAUUGUUUUCAGAUGUAGUUAUGUACAUGUUUGCGUUGUUACGGGUAGUAUGUGUGUGCGUAAAUCUUGAUGUGCCGAUGAGCUCCGGCGAUUCGGUCGAUCAAAACCGGAUCAGCAUCGGGAAGCCUAAACCGGGUUGACUCUAAUGUAUGUAUAUCAGUCAGUAUUUGGAAGGGACUAUGUUCGUUUUUAAUGUAUUUUUGAAUGAAAUGAGCCCAAAAUCAAUAAUUUUUGUAAUCUAUCAAUACUAUUAAAACAUUGGGAUU